CUGUGCAAAAACCAAUCGCUCCCCCGAACAAAAGCAGGAGUAACAAAAGCCACCAAUGGGCUCCACAAAGCUCAUCGCAGCGACUCUUCUCCCCGCCUUCCUCGCCCUCCAUCUACACGCCCCAGCAGCAAUGGCCACCGCGGCAGGAAGCUCCAACUCCAACCUCUUCCGUGACUACAUCGGCGCCCUCUACAACGGCGUCAGGUUCGCGGACGUGCCGGUCGACCCGCGCGCCCGGUUCGACUUCAUCCUCGCGUUCGUCAUCGACUACACCACCGCGACGGAGCCACCGUCCCCGACCAACGGCCGGUUCAACGUCUUCUGGCAGGACACGGUGCUCACCCCCGCCGCGGUCGCCGAGGUCAAGCGGCGGAACCCCAACGUGCGCGUGGCCGUCAGCCUCGGCGGCGCCACGGUCAACGGCAGGCCCGUGUUCUUCAACGUCACCUCCGGCGUUGACUCCUGGGUCCGCAACGCCGUCGACUCGCUGACCGGCAUCAUCCAGCGGUACGACCUGGACGGCAUCGACAUCGACUACGAGCAGUUCCAGGUGGACCCGGGCACCUUCGCCGAGUGCGCCGGCCGUCUCGUGGCGGCGCUCAAGAGCAGCGGCAUCAUCAGGUUCGCGUCCAUCGCGCCGUACGGCAACGCCGACGUGCAGCGCUACUACAGGACGCUGUGGGCGGCGCACGGGGCCGCCAUAGACUACGUCAACUUCCAGUUCUACGCCUACGGCGCAAGCACCACCGCGGCGAAGUACGUCAGCCUCUUCGACGAGCAGAUCGCCAACUACCCUGGAGCCAACAUCCUGGCCAGCUUCACCACGGCGGCGACGAACACCUCGGUGCCGGUCGACACCGCGCUCAGUGCUUGCCGGACUCUGCAGGGGCAGGGCAAGCUCUACGGCAUCUUUGUCUGGGCUGCAGACCAUUCCCGGAACCAAGGAUUCAAGUAUGAGACACAGUCGCAGGCCCUGUUGACUGAUGCCACCACUUACUAGUUACCCACAGCUUCUUGGUUUGCGUAUAUCGAUUUUUUAGAGAAAUCAUAUGGAAUAAAAUGAGCAUCCGAUUUUAA